UUGACCUCCCCCACAUCCUACUCUACGCCUCCUGAACGCCUGAACAAUGUUGAGCACGAAGGCCAUCAGACUAUCAAGCUUGAAACGGACGUGCCAAGUUGCAUCUCAAUUUACAGGCAGGCGGUUGGCUUCAGGAUAUGGGAAGUUUAACUGGGAGGAUCCGCUGAACGCCGAAGGUCUACUCACCGACGAAGAGGUUGCAAUACGAGAUACCGCACGCGCGUUCUGUCAGGAAAACCUACUACCUCGCGUGCUCGAGGCUCAGCGGACAGAAGAAUUCAACCAUGAUAUACUUCCUGCGAUGGGCGAGCUUGGACUGCUCGGUCCGACUAUCCAGGGUUACGACUGCGCCGGCGUCAGCAGCGUAGCCUACGGUCUCAUUGCUCGCGAGGUGGAGAGGGUCGACUCUGGGUAUCGGUCUACGAUGUCCGUCCAGUCAUCUCUUGUUAUGCAUCCCAUAUACGCAUAUGGGACGCAGGCACAGAAGGACAAGUAUUUGCCGUUGCUUGCAAAGGGGAAGUUGAUUGGGUGCUUCGGCCUCACCGAGCCCAACCAUGGAUCGGACCCCGCAGGAAUGGAGACGACAGCGACCGAAGUCGACGGUGGGUUCGUCAUCAACGGAUCCAAGACGUGGAUAUCGAACGCGCCCGUUGCCGACGUCUUCAUCAUCUGGGCGCGGUGCAAGUGGGACGACAAAGUCCGCGGCUUCAUCCUCGAGAAGGGAGCCAAAGGCCUGAGCGCGCCGGCGAUCAAGCACAAGCUCGCGCUGCGGUGCUCGCUCACAGGCUCGAUCUUCAUGGACAACGUACAAGUCUCGCACGACGCCCUACUCCCGCAUGGGCAGGGCCUCGGCGCACCCUUCGGCUGCCUGAACAACGCGCGGUUCGGGAUCGCGUGGGGCACGAUGGGCGCGCUCGAGGACUGCGUGCACCGCACGCGCGAGUACGCGCUCGAGCGCCAGCAGUUCAAGCGCCCGCUCGCGUCGUUCCAGCUCGUGCAGAAGAAGCUCGUGGAUGCGCAGACGGAGGUCACGCUCGGGCUGCUCGCGUGUUUGCAGGUCGGCAGGCUGAAGGACGAGGGCAAGGUCGCGCCCGAGAUGAUCAGCCUCAUAAAGCGCAACAACUGCGGUAAGGCCCUCGAGCACGCGCGUAGGGUUCUGGACAUUCUCGGCGGCAACGCAUGCUCAGACGAGUACCACGUCGGGCGCCAUGUGGCAAACCUGCAAGUCGUCAACACGUACGAGGGCACCUACGAUAUUCAUACGCUCAUUUUGGGCAAGGCGAUCACGGGCAUCCAGGCUUUCGCGAACUAGCGGUGGAAUGACUCGCUACACCUUCCGCGGAAUGAUGUACAGUAAUCAUUUCCUCACAAUGACUUUCUCUGUCG